GAUUCUCUCUACCAAUCUCUCACUUGCUGUAACCGCCCACUGAGUUACAAGAAGACCUAUGAGGUGGCAUUAUAUAUGCCCAGUGAUUAAUUGGAGCCUCAUAGAAGCAAGCCCGGAAACCUACGAUUCUUCUUCUCUAUCACUUCUGCUGCUGCCGCUUCCUCGAGUUCAUGUGCAGACCCGAAUCCUCCACUGGUGACCUGCUGAGACGGCGAUCAGACCCUGAAGAGUCUUCCACUGCUUCAUCUCCAACAUUUACGGCAAAUGAUGGCACACACGAUACUUGAGUAAAAAGAUCGAACCAGAGGAGGGGCGCAUGAGGAGGUCCACGGCACACACCAAAGGGGCAAAGGCGGUGCAGGUUCAGCCCUUCCCAACUUAGUUGGAUGUCUUGGAUCAAGUUUUAGUGUUUGGGCCUAUAUUGGAAUAUUGUUAACUUGAAGUAUAAAUACCUCAGGUGGAGUUUUAGGGUUUUUAUUUUAGGAUGGGUGGCUGAUAUAAGUUUUUCUUGAGAAAAAAAAAAAGGUUAAUUUAAAAUAUUUUAAAAUUAUGAUUUAACCUUCAAAAAUUAAAAAUAAAAGAGAUGAAUCAUCGUUAUGAAUACGGGCAAAAGCGUUAGGUUUGUUGACAUUUUCGGCGGAAAGUGGAAGAGACGUGUGUUGAAAACGUGAAGAUCACAAAGACAAAUAUCGCCACGUCAGUAAGAGUAGCGUGACGGGCUGGUAGUGGUGGCGUGGCGCUUCGGCAGAUGCUUCCACGCCUCACCAACCUUCCCCUCUCCAAUCACCCUCUAACACCGUCAGGAGCAGGAUCCCUUGCGGAUUAGCGACUUUCCUUUCUUGCCCCUGGCAACGAGUUUAAAAAAAAUCUAUACAAGUUUAUUUUUUUUCUCGAUUAAAAUUACAAAUCUAAAAGCUCUCUGGCGAUGGUUUAUGAUGCAGUGUUUUACCAAUUAUUAUGAGUUACUUUUAGUAACAUCCAUUGUAAAGUUCUCAUAUAUCAUUUUUCAUACUCACCUUUUAUCAAAAAAAGUAGUUUUGGUAUUCACACCAUCAUUAACAUAAUUAAUAUGUACAACUAGUAGGAAUGAAAACAAAUACAACUCGUGAAAGUUUGGCUCGUGAACCAGUUCGAGCUGAAUCAUUUGCUUAACGACUCAACAUGUAACUGUCGAGUCGAGCUCAAGUCUUAAUCAAGUUUGUCGAACCUUAAUCAAGUUAAUAUAAACUCAUUUGUCGAACCUUAAUCGAGUCAAGCUGGAACUCAAAAAAGGUAUUGUUAGAGUUUAGAGUGAAGUCAAGCUCAAGGUUCGUUUAGUUGAGCCUUGUGUUUCUUUUGGUUUCGGUAGCAUUCGAAGUCUUAGACUACAAACUUUAAUCUAAAUUGUUACAAAUAUAAAAAAUAAAAAAAGAGAGGCAGUUUUAAAAUUAUUGCCGUACCGUAGGGGUCUUAUCGUCGAAAGUUGAUCUCCUUUGCCUACACUUUGGAAGGGCAUUAUCGUCAUGAUAGUGGGGUACUGUUGUAAUUUGUGACUCCGUGCUGCCACAAGCUUCUUCCCUUCUUCUGCCCCCAUCUCCGCGGAGUGCAGGUGGCGGGAAAGAAUCGAAGGUCGCCGACUUCCUUGCUCCUUGGUCUCCCUGAUUCCUUCCGGCCUUCCUGGAGAACAAGAGACCUCCUUGAAUCCUCUCCGGCACCUUCUCUUUCCUUCCGCCUUUUUCGGUCCCGUACGGUAUUAUUCCCUUAGCCUUCAGUAACCCCCUCUCCGUCUGUGUCCCGCGCGUGAAAUCGUGGGGUUUUCACGCGGGGAAGUGUGUUCUUCGUGCUUCUUCUUCUCCUUCAUACAAGUGCUUCAUUUUCGCGAUAUUUGAUGGAGCUGUUGUCGAUCUCAAGCUCUUCAUCCCAUCUGCAUCUGCAAUCAUGUUGUCCCAAACCGAAGAAGAAUGAAAAGUGGUGCGUCUCCGCGAGGUUUAGGGUGAGAUCCAAGCAGUCUGGUCGCGGGAGCCUGAAGGGCGGUAGGAUCGACAGAUCUCGGCUCAUCGACUUUCUUAGGGACUCCAGACCGGAGAAAUUGGUCCAAGAUUUUGAGGAUGAUUCUCAGCGAAUUGUGAUUCCCGGCCUGCCGGAGUAUUCUGGGGAAGGAGAGGCUGAGUCUUCGAUAAGUAGAGGUUUUUGGGAGUGGAAACCUCGGUUGAGGGUUUACUAUGAGACGGCGGGAUCGGAGAACCUGAAUUCUCCUGCCGUGCUCUUCUUGCCGGGUUUCGGGGUGGGGGCGUUCCAUUUUGAGAAGCAACUGAUGGAUCUGGGCAGAGAAUACAGGGUUUGGGCGGUUGAUUUCCUCGGUCAAGGGAUGUCUUUGCCCGCCGAAGACCCUGCACCUUCUGACGGAGGGCAUGAUUCGGAAGGCCAGGAUCUGUUUUGGGGUUUUGGGAAGGAAACCGAGCCCUGGGCGGAGGAGUUGGCGUAUUCGGUUGAUCUGUGGAGGGAUCAAAUUCGUGACUUUGUUGAGCAGGUUAUUGGUCAACCUGUAUAUGUUGUCGGCAAUUCACUGGGUGGAUUCGUUGCAGUCUAUUUGGCCGCAUCCAAUCCUGAGUUGGUGAAGGGUGUUACACUUCUCAAUGCCACACCAUUCUGGGGCCUUCUUCCUAAUCCAGUAACCUCUCCAAAAUUGGCCAGGCUAUUCCCAUGGGCUGGAACAUUCCCUCUGCCUCAAAACCUGAAGAAAUUUUUAGAAUUUGUGUGGCGAAGGAUCAGUGACCCUCGUAGCAUAGAUAAGGUGCUUAAGCAAGUGUAUGCUGAUGGAUCAAUCAAGACUGACAGAGUACUUUCCCGUAUCCUGGAGAUAACACAACACCCUGCUGCAGCUGCAUCUUUUGCUUCAAUAAUGUUUGCUCCUAAGGGACAACUUUCCUUUCAAGAAUCUUUGUCCAGGUGCGAGAUGAACAAGGUACCCGUGUGUCUUGUGUAUGGUAGAGAAGAUCCAUGGGUGAAGCCUGUGUGGGGGCGCCAGGUGAAACGACAAUUACCUGAGGCUCCUUAUUAUGAAAUUAGUCCGGCUGGUCACUGUCCACAUGAUGAGGUGCCUGAGGUGGUGAACUAUCUAUUACGGGGAUGGAUUGGAAACCUGGAGUCCGAUGGUGCUGUUUCCCUGCCCCUUCUUGAUGAUCUUGAGUUUGUCGAAGAUGACCUUUCGAGGGAGGUUGAGUUCCACAAGGAAGGAUCAAGGAAGCUAGUGAGAGUGCAUUUCUUUGGAUCUAAUGUUUCCGUUUGGAACAGCUUGAAUUCUUUGUUCAGAUCCCGGAUGUCCAGCUUGUGAAACAGAUCUAGUUAGUGUACGAUAGAAUUUUGCUCUAUUUCUGUAAAUAUGUUUCGAUGUGCCUAGUUCCCUAAAAAUUAGGGUAAUGUUGGUAUAUAUUCAAUUGGUUAAUGAAGAAUGUAUUUAAUUUGUUAA